CUUUGUCCGAACAAUCUGUUAUUCCCGCGUACUACCCGUUUGGAUUAUUUUCCUUUUCGUUACAUUCUCGACUUCGUCUUUUGGGGAAACUCAAACGUUGUUAAAGGGCAUCUGUCUUAGGACUUGUGGUCGAUAAAUUUGUUUGCUUUUUGACAGUUGCAGUUGCAGUUUCUCAUUUAAGGAAUUAAUCAUUGGCCUCUUGUUCUCUUCAUUUCUUACGGUGGCUUUAAUGCUAGAUGUUAUAUCAGCUUCUAGCUCUGUGCUUUUCAUUUUCUUUGUUAAUUCUGGUUCUGGGCGGUCUUAUUUGUGUUUUCUUUUGCUGCUUGCUUAUGCUCACCAGGUGUUUGUUUUUAUUUCUAAACGAACGCUGACGCUAUUGCUACGAACGAUAUAAGCUCUGAUUUUGGAAGGGCUAGUUGGAGGCGUAUUAUUUGCAGGAUGGGCAGGGUGAAGCUGAAAAUAAAGAGGCUGGAGAGCACUAAUGGGCGUCAGGCAACCUACGCUAAAAGGAAGAAUGGAAUUAUGAAAAAGGCUUCGGAAUUAUCUAUACUGUGCGAUAUAGAUAUUAUACUUCUCAUGUUCUCACCGUCUGGGAAGCCAGCACUCUGCAGAGGGAGGCGUAGUAACAUAGAGGAGGUUAUUGCAAAGUUUGCUCAACAAACUCCACAGGAAAGGGCAAAAAGGAAGUUGGAGAGUCUUGAAGCACUGAAGAAAACAUUUAAGAAGUUAGACCACGAUGUAAACAUACAAGAAUUUCUGGGUACAAGUGGUCAAACUAUUGAGGACCUAAAAAAUGAUGCCACGCUAUUACAAACUCGAAUAUCUGAAAUACAUACAAGAUUAAGCCAUUGGACUGAACCUGAUAAAAUCAACAGCGUGGAACAAUUAGAACAGAUGGAAAAUUCUCUCAGGGGGUCAAUUAAUCAACUUCGAUUGCGUAAGCAGGAAAAUAUACAAAAGCAACAACUUGAAUCAUUGCAAUGCAGUAACCAGUUCAAUGAGUUGCAUACUCCCUUCAGGAUGAGUGCUGAUCAGCAUCUCCAACCUCUAUCAUGGAUUGCCAACAAUGACGGCCAACAUAUGGUUUUACCUGAUGAUUCAUACUUGCUUCUUCACAAAGACACAGAGUGCUCCGCAAGCUCCUCUUUUGGGAGUUAUGCAAGUUAUCUUGGCUCAAGCCCAAAACCAGAUCUUUCUAAUUCUGGGCAAGAAAGUGGUGUCCUAAGUGACAUGACAAGUACUGCUUCUCUGAGACUACAAUUAGGCGGGCAGCUUCCGUACCUGCCGUACAAUUUCAAUCUACUGAGUGAUAUCAAGUUCCAGCCAUCUGCAGAGAUCAACCCACUUGAAAACCCCAUAGAUUAUCAUCCUAAUAAAAGCUUUGAAGCUCCUAGACUUGCUUUCGAAUCUAACCACCAUGGAUGGGAUUCCACAUCAGGGCCUUGUGCUGUUACCACCAUGUUUGACGACUAUUUGUAUGCCCAGGCAAGUUUCCCUCAAGUAAACUUUGGCUUCUCCUAACAGCACCUCCUCCCCUUUUUCUUCGUUUUAUUUCCUGGUAUUCCUGUUGCAUGACUUCAUCGUGAGCUACUGGCCAACUGCAAAUGAGUGAAUCACCUGAGAGCGAUUUCCACCUUGAACAGUGAAAUUAUUUAUUUAUUUAUUUUUUUUAGCCAAAAACCUUCAUUUUAAAAAAUGUCAGAAACUGCUCAUUGAUGAUACAAACUAGCUUCUAUUCGCAAGUCUCAGCGUUUAAAUGUUACUCUCUCUUCAUAUUCCUCAUUAGUUUCUAUACUAAUGCUUGAUUUAUAAUCGCUCUUCAUAUCAAAACAUGGCGCAGCUGUUUUAGCUCAUCUGAUUGGACAAAUUAGUUACCUUCUGUUAGUUAGUGCUAACUUCUCGGGUCAGCCAUGAAUAAUGAUUUUCUAUAAAUCAUGCCAUCUUUUACUACAAAAUCAUGUCUUACGCUUUGUUUGGCAGGGGAAUGGGGAGGAAAGGAAGCGAGGGAGGGGUUUUAUUUUGCUUCUAUUCAGUGUGCCUGAAACUUUCUAAUUCUAACUGUGUCUGUUCUACAUUUAGUUUCCUUUUACCUCGCCUGAUAUUUAAAACUUUA